AUGUCACCAAGUGUCCGUCCCGCGCGUCGUCCGAGUGAAGAUAUUCGCGUAUUGAAACAGCCCGCUACUGCUUCUUCUUUUAACACCAAGCAGCUUCAACGAGACAAAUUGGAACAAGAGCGCGACCUGGAAAUGCCAGGCACGCCGCCUAUAGUCGGACAAAGUCGUCGAAUGUGGGGCGAAGCGACCCCGAAACAGACCGAAGCGCGGCGACUCGCAGAGCAGGAAAAGCUGCAGCCCGCAGAUCAACAUGUGGCGCGUCACGCUGCCGCUCUCAUCAUGCAACGACUUGUGCGUUGUUUUCUGGCUCGAACAAAGUUAUUUAUGCGUCGUAGUGCUGUCGGACGCCCUGUGGAGCUACAGAUCACGGGGGUGCAACGUCUUGAGCUGCUUUUUGACUACCGGACCAUCUUAUCGGUCUAUUGCAACGUACGCGUGCUUAAAAAACCAUUCGGACCCUUCAUGUUCCACUUUUCCACAAAUAAAUGCACUAAGGUGACCCUGCCUACAUGGGAGGACAGGUUCUACAUCCCCAUGUUGUCCAGCAAGUGUGACAUUGUCACGACAUUGAUCGGCGUCACCAAAACAGGUGGGUUACGGUUCUUAGGUCAAGCAAUUAUACCGAUGGAGCCCGGAUGGGAAAACAAGACAAAGAUUUGUGCACCGCUGGCAAAAUGGAAGUUUCCCGUGGACGAGUGUGUCGUGGGACUGCACCGCUUCUCAAAGGGCACGAUGGAGCUGGAAAUUAAGCCCAUUUCGUCUCGGAUGCCGUGCAAAUCGGGCCAGUUUUUUAUGACGCCGCCUGUUAUCACGCCGGCGAGACAGCCGUUCUCGUUUUGGACUAGAAAAGUGUCGAGCAAUGCGUCGUUGACUUCUCCGGCACCAGUGACACCUAGAAAGACGCCAUCGAGCGAUUUGUCUUUGCGGAAGACGCUGGUGACGCGUUGGGGCGUUCUCACGGACACAAGUUUCCUCCUCUUUGACAAUACGACUGCCGAGCUACUGGUUAGUUUGGACCUGGCCAAGUUGCAAAUCGUCAAGUCCAGUACGCAGCCCAAGAACGACCCGAGUCGACCAUUUCCCUUGAAGAUGUACGCCAAGGGCAGUAUGUACGUGCUGUAUGUAUCGAGUUACGCACAGCAGCAGUUGUGGGAAUACAAGAUCAACCUGCGUCGACGUGCAUCACUGAUUCCGUAA